UAAAUCUAACUCUUUGGAUCUCUAGAUAUUAAUAUAUAUGGGGUGUAAAUUUAAUCCUCAUCUUUGUUGGGGUUGUGCUUGCUUCCUCGUUAUGUUCGUAGGAGCUGUAUGUCUAGUCGUAUUUUUAAAUGUCGUCCCUGCUAAGAAAAUGAAGUUUCAUGUGAUUGAUGCUUCAUUAACAGAGUUCUACUUGACCAAUGAAGACAUACUUCAUUACAAUCUCGCAGUCAAUAUCUCCGUCAGGAACAGUAAUAAGAUUACACAAAUUCUUUAUGAUAAUAUUCGCUCAAAACCUUCUUGUUACGGUAACGAUUUGGGUUUCGUUUCUUUGCCAUCAUUCCGACAAGGCACUAAGAAUACAACGUUGCUUUAUCCUGUAUUUCAGGGACAAACCGCGAUCAAAUUACGGGGUUCUCAUCUUAGGGAUUUCAAUAAUGAUCAGAGGGAUGGAAGUUACAGCAUUUAUGUACAUAUUUACUUCUCCCUCCAAUUGAAGCAUGCUGGUGGUGGAAGGAGCAUCGAAACCGAUAUCAGAGUUAAAUGUGGAUUAUUGAGACUUAAUCUUUUGGAUUCUUCUUCGUCGUCGUCAGAUAAGCAAUCAUCAGAAACUGGUAAUUUGUUUAACACUAAAAGGUGCAAAGUAUAUGGUACCGAGCAAAUUUAAUCAUCAUUAGAUUGAAGUUUUGAGAUCUCACGCCGGCCUUGAGCAAAUUCAAUGAAAGUCAACUUGGGGUAUCAAAAGGCUUUUCCAUUCUUAGGGGCCGAUGAAGAUUUAUUAUUUUUAUUGAUUAUUUAAUAUAAUUAUGUUAUACAUGUUGUUACAAUAAAAAUGAAACCAUUGUUAACGGA